ACUGUGAAACUAUGUUGGAGCAUCACACCACAUUGGGAGUUUCAUGGCUUCAGUUGACUGAAACCAAUGCACGCGUCCACGCAGCAAUGGAGAACAAGCUCCAGCCUGGGCUUAGCAGCUGCUCUGGUUUCCAUGGCCGAGAGCUGUACCACCAUGCGAGACCUCAAGCGAAUCCACGGUCGCACAAUUCGGACAGGUCUCCACCUCCACUCUGUUAUCCUUGCUAAGAUGUUGAGGUUCGCUGCCGUCUCGCCUUCAGGCGACUUACACUACGCUCACCGCCUCUUCUCUCACAUGCACCAACCAAACACCUUCUUUUACAACACUCUCAUUCGAGGUUACUGUAAGAGUCAUUCCCCUUCUCACUCUAUGUCCUUUUUCAUCCAGAUGAGACGUAAUUCCGUCGACCCAGAUGGGUUUACCUUUACUUUUCUACUCAAGGCGCGAUCAAGGAUGAAUUUUUCUUUGAUUAAGGCAUCAGACGAGCUCCAUGGGUUAGUAUUGAAGUUUGGAUUCUCUUCGCAUUUGUUCGUCCAAAAUGCAUUGAUUCAUCUUUACGCUGCGAGGGGUGUUCCUGAUGCAGCUCGUCGGGUGUUUGAUGAGACAUUGGAUCCAGAUGUUGUGUCGUGGUCAGGCUUGGUGGUUGCGAAUGUUAAAGCCCGUGAACUGGAUGCUGCACGCCUCCUUUUCGAUCAAAUGCCGAAGCGAGAUGUGGUUUCUUGGACUAUGAUGAUUUCUGGUUAUACCCAAUCGAAGCGGUCGAUGGAGGCACUAGAAUUGUUUGGCCAAAUGAGGGAUGCUGGAGUGAGACCAGAUGAGGUCACCAUGGUGAGCGUGAUCUCAUCCUGCACUCAUUUGGGAGACUUGGAGGCAGGGAUUGGUGUUCACCGCUACAUCGACAAGAAUGGUUUCGGAUGGAUGGUUUCACUCUGCAAUGCGCUGAUUGACAUGUAUGCUAAAUGUGGGUGCAUGGAAGGUGCGCGUCAGGUUUUUAACAAGAUGGAGAGGAAGAGCUUGAUCACUUGGAAUUCAAUGGUCUCUGCUUGUGCAAACCAUGGGAAUGUCGAAGAAGCAGUUGUGCUGUUCCGUGAGAUGCUAAGUUCCAGUGUGUGGCCUGACGGCGUUACAUUCCUUGCACUCUUGAUUGCCUACACCCACAAGGGCUGGGUUGACGAGGGAUGUAGAUUGUUCAAUAGCAUGUGCAGUGACUAUGGGAUUAAAGCUGGUAUAGAGCACUACGGAUGCAUGGUCGAUAUGUUAGGCCGGGCUGGGAGAUUAGAAGAGGCAUACAAGCUUAUCACAGAUAUGCCAAUACCGAGCAAUGAUGUUGUAUGGGGUGCAUUGCUCGGUGCUUGUAGGAUCUAUGGUGAUGUAAACAUGGCAGAAAGAGUUGUGAAGAAGUUAUUGGAACUGAAACCUGACGAAGGAGGAUACUACAUUCUCCUCUGUGAUAUCUAUGUGGCCAUGGGUCGUCGUGCAGAAGCUGUUGAGCUGAGGCGCAACAUGAAGGCCAUGGGAGCAAAGAAGACUCCGGGCUGUAGUUGGGUUGGAUUGGGAACGUAAUUCUUCAUUGCUCAAGGUACCAUUUGUAUUUAUGAAGUAAACAUCCUUAUCUGUUGGUUUUGUUUUCAUUGCGGCAACCAGUGGAUGAGUGAAACUAAGCUCUUUCCGAGACAAACCCUUUUGAUGUAGAUUGUUGCUGCUUUGCUACUCGUAGUCUUGGCUGAAGUGAAUCUGAUCAGUCGGAAUUCUACAGCUAAGAAACCGCACGUGUUAUCUUUGUUGCAGCACUGCAAAAGCAGCAAGGAGCUAACCCAGAUAGUGGUAAAUGGAUUCUCUCAACAAAAUUACAUUCUUGCCAAGCUUUGAUCUUUCUGCUC